AUGCGAACUUCAAAGACAAGGACAAGCCAAGUUCUGUUCGCAAAAGCAACAUUGCUGCGGCCAAAGCUGUUUCUGAUGCAAUUCGGACAAAUUUGGGACCAAGGGGAAGGAAUGGACAAGAUGAUCCAGGCUGGAAAUGGGGAAGUUACCAUCACUAAUGACGAUGCGACCAUCUUGGCUCAAAUGGCUGUCAUUCACCCUACUGCUAAAAUGGUAUGUUUAGAUUAAUGUUUUUGUGAUUUUAGAUAGUAAAUCAGCUACUUUUGGAGGGAUUUACGUUAUGAUCUAUUUUUUCAUGUUUAAAAACCAAAGAUACUUGUAAAAUGGAAAAAUUUAAAGGAGUAACUGUUGAAAUACCGCUUUUCAGUUGGUUGAGUUGUCCAAAGCUCAAGAUAUUGAAGCUGGAGAUGGCACCACUACUGUUGUUGUUAUGGCUGGUGACUUUUUGGACGCUGCUGAGAAGUUGUUGAAUAAAGGCAUUCAUCCUACUAUAAUUUCGGACUCUUUUCAACGUGCUGCUGCAAAGGCCGAACAAAUUUUGGAAGAGAUGUCAUAUCCUUUGGACAUUUCGAACGAUGAAGAGCUUAUCAAGUUGGCCACUACAAGUUUGAACUCAAAGGUUGUGUCUCAACAUUCAUGGUCGUUGGCUUCAAUCGCAGUCCAAGCCAUCAAAAAGAUCGUCGACGUUCAGGCUGAUGACAAUGCCAACUUGAACAUGAUCAAGAUUGUGAAAAAGCUAGGAGCAACUGUUGAGGAAUCAGAACUGAUCGAAGGUGCCUUGAUUGAGCAAAAUAAUAUAGGUCACGGAGGUCCAACCAGAGUUGAGAAGGCCAAGAUUGGUCUUAUCCAGUUUCAGGUUUCACUACCAAAGACCAACGUGAGUUUUUAACUUUAUAUUUUAAAAAUUUUCUGUUUUAUACACUAAAUUUAUUAACAUAUCUUUAAAAGGAGCAUUUUUCAUUGUAUGGUUAUAAUUUUUGUGUUUCAGAUGGAAAACCAGGUGUCGAAGGCUCGAAUGAAGAGAAACAAAAGAAGUUGCAUCUUGGGUAUGGCCGGAUGUAACGUUGUUCUCAUUCAAAAGUCAAUCUUGAGGUAGGGAGUGAGGGACAUAUUUACGAUAUUAAUGAAUUAUUUUGUAAAUUUUUAAUUUUUUUAUUUAUUUUUUAGAGAUGCUGUGUCAGAAACUGCGUUGCAUUACUUUGCCAAGAUGAAGAUCAUGGCAAUCAAAGAUAUCGAAAUGGAAGACAUCCAAUUCUACUCUACAAUCCUUGGUUGUCAUCCAAUUGCUUCCAUCGAUCACUUCAACGCUGAAUCUUUGCGACCUGCCGAUUUGGUUGAAGAGAUAGCGACUUCUGGGUCCGAGAGCGUGGUUAAAAUUACUGGACUUCAUUCCACUGGUAAAGCCGUGUCAAUCCUGUUGAGAGGCUCAAACAAGUUGGUAUUGGACCAGGCCGAACGUUCCCUUCACGAUGCUUUGCGCGUAUUGAGGUGUUUGGUUAAGAAACGAGCUUUGUUGCCUGGUGGAGGCGCUCCAGAGAUGGAAGUUGCUGUUACUUUGAGAAAGGAGGCCAAAACCAAGGAAGGAGCUGAACAAUAUUGCUGGAAGGUAAGUUGAUUUUGAAGUUUAAAGUAUUAAGUUAAAAAUUUCUUGAAAACUGACAAAUUUCAUUUGUGUAACAGUCUAAUUUUGAUUUUUCAGGCUUUUGCCGAUGCCUCGGAAGUCAUUCCAUACACAUUGGCCGAGAACGCUGGAUUAUCCCCCAUCACUACAGUUACCAAAUUACGGAAGCAGCACGCCGAUGGCAAAAAGAAUUAUGGAGUAAAUGUGAGGAAGGGCUUCGUUACCGACUUCAAGGAAGAUAAUGUGCACCAGCCUCUGUUGGUAUUACUAUACAUAUAUAGCCUCGGUUCAGAAUUCGUUUGUGACGCACUAACAGAGGAGUUUGUAAGUUACAUUGGUUUAUUGAUAUUUACUAUUAGCGUUGUAUCAAAUAAGUAUAGUGAUUCUAAAAUAUGGUUUAAUAAUAUGAAUUUAUUAGGUUGUAUAUAAAGUAUUGAUUAAUACACACAGUAUAUUAAAUACACACAGUAUAUUUAAUAUACUGUGUGUAUUAACAAAAUUUUCCGCCCUUUUACAGGCUUUUUAAUGCCCGUAGCCAGGGGCGUCGCUAGGGGGGGGGUAUCCUGUUUGUUUGAAAAUUCGAUAUGAAAAAGCUCAAUACUUCUUAUACAACCUAAUAAUUAAAAAAAUAAAUUUCUGUCAAAUUUUUAAGGGUUUAUCCAUUAAUAUGUUAACCUAAUAUAACAUACACUAUUUUAAGACGUGUUAUUAAUAUGAAAAUUUUUAGUACGCUAAGGAAGUCUCGUUAACAUGGAAACAGAUGUCCACACCGCGUACUCUGUUCAGAAUGUCGCAAAGAAUCAUGCGCCAUCCCGAAGUACCACUUUGGAUUUCUUGUGAAGGGAUAUGGUUGUCUCUAGUGGUGGCGAUAAAAAAAUACGCUGCAUUGUGUGGACUACAGCUGCUAAGCCAUCAGUCCGUGAACCAAUUUAUUUCUGUUUGUGUGAAAGCGCAUGAGUUGGAGAUCAAAUUAAGUAACCUUUCAGUGGUUAGUGGGAAGUAAGUACGGUUUGCACUUUUUAUUUUAGCUACAACUUUAAUAUCAAUUGUUUGUUUAAUUAAGAAAUUGGGUGCAGUUAUGGCAUUUUGAGUGUAUUACAUGCUGUUUCUUAUACUCAGUGUCUUGUCCGGAGCGUUUUUCACCGGUCCGAUCCGGCGAUUUUCGGUUCCGGUCCGGUCCAAACUCAAAAUUUUUGGUCCGGUUCGCAAAAAAUUUUUUUUAUUAAAAAUAACAAGAAGCCUUAAAACUGCUUUCUUUUCGCUUAAAAACUCUUAAAAAUGUAUUUUAUUUGCAGUUUUUAAAACUGUUUUGUUAAAAUAGAAAAAAAAAUUUUCGCGGACCGGUCCGGAGCUUUUUCUUCGGCCCGCAUCCGCAGGUUUUGAAUUCGGACAGCAAAAAUUUUAGUUUCGACCCUUCCGCGGACCGGACGGGUCCGGCAAAACACUGCUUAUACUAGCUCUAUUUUACUCAAAUGCAGCCGGUAUGCGGCUCUCUUCGCGUUGCUUAAUUUUUAACUUAAGAUUGUUCAUUAUACAAAAAUAUAUUUAUCGUUUCCUAAUCACGAUGUUUACUCGUAGCUUUCUGGUCCCUUUUGUGGACCAUUUUCUGUAUGAUCUAGAGUAGCUAAAAAACAAUACAAAUAAUUGUUAUAUAAUAAUUGCCAUCAUUAGUAACAAUAUUUUCCUAACCACUGGGUACGGCUAGUUGAAAACAAAAUGCGGACUUUGCUGUUUUUUUAACACUUCGUAUCAAUCGAUAUUUGCAAAUAGUUUUUUUUGAAAAGAAAAAGGUUCGUUUCUGUGUUACUUUACGAUAGUUUAGUCAAAAAGUAAAUAGAAAGUGAAAUAAGAAAAAAUAUCGUUUUAUUUUAUUGUGACGUUCCGUUAUAUUGUGACCCAAUAACGAAGCGGAAAGGCAUAUUAGUCUGCAGUCAACUUGAUGUGCUGGGCAAUUUUUAAUGCGAUUCGAAAAAGCGAUCCAAAAUUCCACACAUUUUUGGCACUAUAGUAUGCUUUGAAGUUGCCUUCUGCGAAUAUGUGUGGUUGAUCUGAGUAAGCGGUAAUCAAGAUAGGCAAUACCUGGUGAAUACUGCGGGAGUUUUAACAGUUUUCAUUUCAGCUUUUUAAUGGUAUACACACAACUUAUUUUGUCACACUUGGCCAAGCGUUGCCAUGAUUUUGUCACAGCUGUAUACUCUCCAAAUAAACCACUUGUUGUUUUUUAA